GUAAAGUUGACCGCGUGUUAGCAAAACCUGGUCCAUUUAUGGUAAACAGCAGGUAUUCAACAGUAAAUCAAUGUCAACAGGAAGUGAGGACUGAACAAGAUGGCGGAGAAUGACCACGUGGGGACGGUGCUGGACAAUGUCCUGCUGUCCUUAGGCUGGCUAGGACGGUACCAGAGGAUACAGUUCGCCCUGGCCAUGAUGCCUUGUAUUUCAUCGGCAUUUCACACAAUGUCGGUGGUCUUUAUAGGUCGACCAGUGACACACCGUUGUGCCAACAUCUCGAAUGAACUCACGCGAGACGACGCGGGAUUCCCCGAGAUUUUUACCACCAUGAGUAGUACAUUCAACACGUCCAUCCAAUAUGGCGCCUGCAGUAUUGACCUCAUGAACGGAACAUCCGUCGUCCAUAGCGAAGGUUGCCAUGGACGCUACGAAUACGACGAACCGUCGGAUCGAUCUUUUGUCUCACAGUGGGACCUGGUGUGUGAUGGCGAAUCUCUGUCAGACGUCUCCCAGACGGUGCUGUCCUGUGGUCAGAUGUUUGGUGCCCUCUUCUUGACUGGCCUUGCUGACGUGUUUGGAAGGAAACCCAUGUUCAUGCUGACCCACCUCCUACUGCUGUCUGUGGCUAUUGGCAUCGCGUUCUCCCCAAACUUUCUCGUCUUUGUGGCGCUACGUUUCUUUCUGGGAGCUGUAGAACAGGGCACCGUGCUGAUCGCCAACGUGGUGCUGAUGGAACUGAUGCCUAUCAGACACCGAGCCCUACCCUCCCAGUUCUGCAGCUACCUGUGGGCCGUGGCCCUGCUCAUGCUGUGUUUGUGUGCCUACGUCACUAAAGACGUCAGCUGGAGAUACGCGGAGCUGCUGUUGGCUGUUUCGUCACUUCCGGUGCUGAUUCAGUGGUGGGUAACAGACGAGACCCUCAGGUGGCUGCUGGCCAACAACAAAUUCUCUCGGGCCAAGGCCAUCCUGGUCAAGGCCGCCAAGGUCAACAGGGCGGAUGUGACGAAGACGCUGGCCAUUCUAACCGCUGGUACCUCGAUGACGUCAUUUGACUGUUCAGACACCAAGUUUUCCUCAGAGACGCAAGAUACUAAAGCACUAAAAUGCGAUGAUUGCCCUACCAAUAUGACCACUUCCGGUAGUGAAACAACCAAUCAGAAGAAAGAGAUGAGGUUUCUGGCCUUCGUCAAAAACAGGAACGUGCUCAUGGUGACCGUCAUUUCCUGUUAUAUUUGGUUCGCAGACAGCGCGGUUUACUACGGUCUGUUGAUGACGUCAUCGUCCCUGGCAGACGAUCUGUACCUGGGUUUCCUGCUCAGUGUUCUGGUGGAGCUACCUGCAGCCUUCGCCUUUAGUUUCCUGGUCAAUGUUGUAGGGAGUGUAGGGCUGCCAUUCGCCUUCGCCUUCCUGGUCAAUGUGCUGGGCAGGAAGCGUUGUGCCAGCUACUCUCAUCUUCUGGCGGCUUUCUCUUUAAUGGCAGUGGUGCUGUUGUCUUACAUCCCUGGAACAGACUCCAUCCCCGGCCUGUACUGGAUCCAGCUGACCAUUUCUCUCAUCGGCAAGUUCGGCAUCACCACGGGCUUCUCCACCAUGUACCUGUACUCACCGGAACUGUACCCCACUAACCUAAGGAACACGGGCUUCGGUAUUUCUUCACUGGCGGCAAGAGUGGGGGGUAUGGUGGCGCCGUACUCCAGGACUUUUGAACGUCACGUGGCCUGGGGACCGGGUGCCGUCUUCAGCCUGCUGUGUCUGCUGGUUCCAGUCGUGAUCCAGUUUUUACCAGAGACCAACGGCCAUGAACUUCCUCAAACCGUGCAAGAAAUGGACGAGUGGUUGAAGAAGCCAAAGGACCGAAACACCGAAAACACAAUUUAAAGAUUUAGAGCUCAAAUCCUGAAAUCCGCAUGCCAUUCCUAAGACAACGUAUCCUAAACUUCCUACCAUAUAAUGCUAAACUGCCUGGAUAUUUAUCCUAAACUUUCUGCCAUCUAAUGUUAUACUGUAAGAUAUUUAUCCUAAACUUACUGCCAUCUAAUGUUAUACUGUAAGAUAUUUAAUCCUAAACUUCCUGCCAUAUGUAUUGCUAAA